GGGUUUUAACAGAGUUCUAAUUCUUUUUUAAAGGCACAAAAAACAGGUUGGGUAUUGAGAAACUUACAUUUAUGAAUAUAAAACUUAGCCAAUAGUAUAAUGAAGUUGCAAAGGUAAAAUUCCUUUUCAAAUUUUUUUUUCAUACAGUGUAAAUCCAAACAGCACAUCUUUAAAACAAAGCACAAAUGUGUCAUGAAUAUUAUCCAGGAUGAAACGACAGAUGCCUGCCAUAGUGAUCGAGUGCUUUCACAAGUCCAGAACAGGUGGUAAACAGUCUCUGGAUGCAUGUUACAUGAGGUGCAGGUAACAUAAAUGUCCUUCUUGUAUCUAACCAUCACAGUCUUUACAGGCUAAUAACCAUGAAUGAUUUUAAAAUAUAUCUCUUUCACUUUGUUGGUAACCUGUUAGGAAGGGACCACGCUUUGACCCAGCAGAUGUCAUUCACAACAUUAUUCCAGAACGCAAUUACAUAGGAGACAGACACACAAUCAUUUUGGAUUAAGUUGCGGAUUUUUCUGUUAUUUUUCUGAUCAAAGCAAAGUUUCCCCACAGGAGUGUCAAGUGGAUCAUUCACAAUUGUUACAGCAGAAAGAGGAGAUGAGUAAGCCCUAUACAACAUAACAACACCUGUUGGAAUGGCAUCAAAUACAAUGGCAAAUUGUUUGGGAGUCACAGGGACCUUAAAAUGGUUGAGAAAUUCUUGGUAAUUAAAAAGUUUACCUUCCUUAUUGAAAAGCUGACUCAUUAAAAUAAUAUCAUUCUUGAACCAAUUGUUGAGGAAAAGAGAUUUCCUUUCGUAACAUAUGUCUUUAUUGUUCCAAAUGAAGUAUUUCGUAGGUGAGAAAUUGUGCUUGUAUAUAAGAGAGCAUGCCAGAAGGUCUUGUUUGUGGAAGUUUGAAAGAGCAACAGGAACCCCAUCAAUGUUGUAGUUACACAAUAGCAAACAUUUUAGGCCUCCAAGGUUAGAAAAUACAUGAUGAGAAAUGAAGUUCCAAAUUGAGGUAGGGUCUUUCAAAUAGUGUCUUAUCCAAUUCAUCUUGAAGGUGUUGUUUAGUGUAGUGAAAUCCAGAAAGUUUAGACCACACUGAUUGUAAUUGUUCAUUAUAACAGAUUUCUUAAUAUAAUGAGUUUUGUUUUUCCAAAUAAAGUCAACAAGUAUUUUGUCAAUAGUCUUACAUAUUUUUUGGUUAACAUCUAAAGAAAUAGCUGCAUACUUAAGCCUGGAGAUACCUUCUGCUUUGGAAAGCAAGGUUCUGCCUUUUAAGGAUAAAUCUCUCUGUAGCCAUUGGUUAAUUAUUUUCUUAGUUUUUUUCUACAAUUGGAGCAAAGUUCAAGACCGAUCUAGAACUCUGAUUUUUAGUGAUGAGUAUUCCUAGGUAAUUAAUACUAUCCUUAACUGGAAUUUUACAUAUAGACAUCAUUUCACAUCUCUUCACAGCCAUUAGUUCACACUUAUUCACAUUCAGACGGACACCAGAAGCCAAAGAGAAAACAUGAAUCACAUCCAAGGCAAGAGGAAUUUGAGAAGAGUCCUUCAAAAAGAGUGUUGUGUCGUCAGCCAGUUGGCUGAUGGGUAUUUAUCUGUCUAAUAUCGAGAUCCCCUUUAAACGACUAGUUUUUAUAUGAACCGAUAACAAUAGGGUGGCUAACAAAAAUAAAUAUGGAAAAAUGGGACAUCCUUGCCGUAUCCCACGUUUUAAUUCGAACCUUGGAGAUGUACCAGAUUUUAGCUUUAUCGAGCUAUUACCAUUGCAGUACAAAGUCUUGAUUUUUUUGCGGAAAAAAUUGCCGAAGCCAAAUUUGUCAAGUGUCUUGAAGAUUAAUUAAUGUUCGAUCGAGUCAAAAGCUUUGUAGAAGUCCAGGAAAAGAAGGAAGCCUUCAUCAUUAAUGACCUGUGGGUAAUCCAGUAUGACAAGUACAAGCCUGAUAUUAUUCGAUAUGUGUCUCCCUCUCAUAAAUCCUGACUGUGUCUCAUCAAUUAUGUCAUCCAGAACCAAUUUCAAACGUUUAGCAAAACUAAUACCUACAAUCUUAUAGUCAUUGUUUAGAAGGCUGAUUGGACGCCAAUUAUCAAUGAUUAGUAAAUCUUUGUUUGGUUUGGGUAUAAGGGUAAUGAGGCCUUGAGUUAAAGUUGGAGGAAGGGUGUCCGUCUUGUUCAUUAUGACACCUGCUGUCUUGUUCAUUAUGACACCUGCUGAAUGAAGGAAGCAUUCUGAAGGUGAAAAUGUGAUGAAAAGUUGACACUCGCCAGUCAUCAUCAUGACAAAUAAUACACACUGCCAGCAGCCAGGAAGCAGGAACAUCCACUUUUAGGGGAGGACGCUCACUAUUACUGACUCGCUGCUGCUGUCGACUGAACUGAACUCUGGGAUCCGGACUUCGAGUUGAGACGAGACAGAACAUGGCUGAGGACACAGACAGCGAUCUCACGCCCGUGGAUUUUAUCCAGCUGCAAGAAUACAUGGAAGACAGCAAUUUGAGGGUUAAAGAUGUGAUCAAGGACUUUCAGAGUGGUGGUCGGCUGGCCCAGAACACCUAUGGAGAGUGUUUGGAUGCAGAAGGCUUCUGCUGCUUCCUCAAAACCUACCUUGAGGUGGAUGAAUUUCCCCAUGAUUUCUGCCAGCGCCUUUUCCGCUACUUCCGAUGUGUCAAUCAGGACGGCUCCACGCCCGAAGCCCAGGCCAAACAUGGGGUGCUUCUCCGCGACAUGUCCUGUUACUUCUCAGUGCUGGAGGAAGGGCAGCCUCGAGAGAAGCUGGACUUCACGUUCAAACUUUAUGACAAAGAUGGCAACGGACACCUGGAUAGCUCAGAAGUGGACCGGAUCAUCAACCAGAUGAUGCGAGCAGCGGACUACCUGGGCUGGGACGUGACCGAGCUCAGAUCUGUGCUGAAGGAAAUGAUCCGGGCUAUCGACGUGGACAACAGCGGCACGGUCACGCUGGACGAGUGGCUGAAAGGAGGCAUGAACAAUGUGCCCCUACUCGUUCUGCUCGGGCUGAAGGUACCAGAGAAGGACGGGCAGCACAUCUGGAGAUUGAAGAACUUCACAAAACCGGCGUACUGCUGCGUGUGCGAGAACAUGCUCCUCGGACUCAGGAAGCAGGGACUCAGCUGCAACUGCUGCAAGUAUACUGUCCACAGUCAGUGUGCCAACAAGAGUCGUGAACCCUGCGCUCCAACGUUUGUCAGCGCCGCACAUAAAUUUAGGGUACCGUGCCACGACUGGGUCCGAACCGACCGCAGCGCCUCCAAGUGUCAAGUUUGCCAAAAGAAGAUUACAACUUUAACCGGACGGCGUUGUGCGUGGUGUCAUGAAAUACGCCAUGAAGAGUGCGUUUUCUCCGGGUUGUCAACCUGCGACCUUGGACCCCUCAAAGAUCACAUACUCCCUCCUUGGGCCAUAUUCGCAGACUCCAAGGAGCAUGACACCACCCCGUUGAACAUGACACCUGACGGCCACGUUCUACAGGUGGUCGCAGUUCCGGACACUCACCCCCUGCUGGUGUUUGUAAACCCCAAAAGUGGAGGAAAGCAGGGUGAAAAAGUUCUCAGCAUGUUUCAGUACCUGCUGAACCCGCGCCAAGUGUACAACCUAUCAGACGGCGGCCCCGCCCCAGGGUUACGCUUCUUCCGUAAUCUCCGUGACUACAGGAUCUUGGCAUGCGGAGGAGACGGCACGGUCGGGUGGCUCCUGGAUGCCAUAGACAAAGCGGACCUCCAGGUGCCCCCUCAGGUGGCUAUCCUGCCCUUGGGCACAGGGAACGACUUGGCUCGCUGUCUGCGCUGGGGAGGAGGCUACGAAGGCUCGGACUUGAGCAAGAUCCUGAAGAACAUUGAGGAAAGUGAGCUGAUCCACAUGGACCGCUGGAACAUCGAGGUGAUCCAGAAUGAUCCUAAAGAAACUGGAGACCCCGUCCCCAGCCAGAUCAUCAACAACUACUUCUCAAUAGGAGUGGAUGCUUCUAUUGCCCAUCGCUUUCAUUCCAUGAGAGAGAAACACCCUCAGAAGUUCAACAGCAGAAUAAAAAACAAGCUGUGGUAUUUGGAGCUGGCCUCGUCUGAGACCAUCAACUUGUCGUUCAAGAAGCUCGCAGACUGUCUGACAAUUGAGUGCAGUGGCAAACAUCUGGACCUGAGCAGCGUCUCCAUAGCGGGCCUCGCUGUGGUCAACAUACCCAGCAUGUACGGCGGCACCAACCUGUGGGGCCAGUCCAAGAAGCCUGGCGAGCCAGCAGAUGUGACGCGGCAUGACGCCAUCACCGAUCCAGUGAUUCUGAAAACGACGCCUCAAGAUAUGACCGACAAGCGUCUGGAGGUGCUCGGUCUGGAAGGGGUGAUCGAAAUGGGUCAGAUCUACACUGGACUGAAGAGCGCCGGGCAUAGGCUGGCGCAGACUUCCCAAGUAACCAUCAGGACUUCGAAAUCCUUGCCCAUGCAAAUUGACGGGGAGCCUUGGAUGCAGCCUCCUUGUACAAUCCACAUUACUCACAAGAACCAAGCCAACAUGUUAAUGGCUCCACCAGAAAAGUCAUUCGGCUUCUUUCACGUGUAGAACAACCUUUUCCCAAUAAUCUGUCAAUGGUAAAAUCUACUGUUAUCGCUAAGGAAUGAAUGCUGUUUGCAUGUUGGCUGACUGGAGGAUUAAAGAUGGAUGCUGGACCCGAAUGCUUUUCAAAUAAAGUGAUGACCUGCACUAC